AUGAGGAAAACUGCAAUCAUCAGCUGAACGAUCUGUAGGGUGUUCCUAUUCCCUUAUAUGGCAGCAGAGCUGGGAAAUCAUUUGAAUUUGUCCGGUCUAUGGUUGCAUGCCUUUCUGCUUUUCAGAGCUGACUGACUUCCAUCUGGUACGUGUGUCUCUCUCCGCUGCGUGCGCGUGUGAGUGUGUGGGUGCUCCGUGUGCUGUAUGACUUGCCCUUCUUUACGCUUUACGCUGUCCUGUUGUUUGCAUGUGGGAGUUUUUUUGUUUUUUUGUUUUUAGGACAGGAGGAGGGGCCCGUGUUUGUGGUUAAACUACAGACGCUGUCAUUCCCCCCAGGGCGAGUCACUUUCAUUUCAGGCUCCAUUAAACAUAUUUCUCCACCUCUCUCUCUCCCUCUCGCCCUCUCGCUCUCUCUCUCUCUCUCCCUCCUUAUCGCAGUGAUGUGAUAGUGUUCCUCUAAGCAACACUUUCACCUGUGUUUGAACGGCACAGAAACAAAAAGUGAGACAGCGUUCUCCAACAAUGUGGGCCGGAGCAAGGGGGCUGUUCUAACGGCGGACACACGUAUGGGAUGUUUAUUCACAGGAUACCUCCAAUGCAACAGGAUGUAAGAGCCAGCAGGACCCAGGGAGCACACAGGGAUAAUGGGAAGGCUGUAAUUCACCGGAAGAGGACCACACAUCUAGAGCUCCCGACUUGGAGCAUCUGACAAGCAGGAUCUAUGGUGUCUGAACCAGUCUGAGACAGUUGGUGUACAAGGGUGUUCCAGUAGUGCGUCAGUUGUCAUGUCCAGCUUUUUUGUCACCUUGCAUGGAUUACCUUGGUGAACAUACAAUCUCCUAACACUGGUCAUCAUGGCGAUGGCAACAUGGUACCACCGUGACAUCAGCCGUGUGCAUGCAGAGGACUUGUUGGCCCGUGCAGGUAGGGAUGGCAGCUUCCUGGUGAGGGACAGUGAGUCUGUACCCGGAGCCUACGCCCUGUGUCUGUUGUUCCAACGCCACGUUCACACUUAUCGGAUUCUGCCUGACGCGGAGGGUCUCCUGGCUGUGCAGACAACACAAGGGGUGCAGGUCAACUGUUUCCGUACGCUAGAGGACUUGGUGCUAGGGUACCAGCACCCCCAUAAGGGCCUGGUCACGCCUCUACUUUACCCUGUUAACCGCGACACCGAGACCGGGGAUGAGAGCUCAGAUGAUGAGAAGCCAGCCACAGUUCUAGCUCCAGUUAGCUCGGUACCUUCAACCGGGACACCGGCCACACCAUCUCCUCAUGUCCUUUUUCUGAACAAGUUACAGGAUCUGAGCACAUCAAGCAUGGCAGGCGAGUUAAUCGGACUGCUUAGUGACUACCUGCGCAGCGAGCUGCCUCUUGACAUUGAGAGUUUGCAUAAAGGGUCAUCAAGUCUACACCACCUCCAGCGCACACUGGGUACUGCUUGCCAAGGCCUCAACAGUGAGAUUGACCUGACCCUGGCAAGUCUGGAGACCCUGGCCAAAGUGUUCGACCAUCCAACCUGCCCUCUGAACUGCGCCAAGACACAGGGACCGGAGAUGGAGUUAGACAGCUUGCUGUGUAAGAUCUCCGCCUUGGUGAGCCUUCUGUCCUCUUUGGAGAAAAGGGUACUUAAAGCACUACAGGAUGCAGUAAGUAAUCACAAUCUGGCAGUGCAGCCUCCCCCAACCCCCCCUGAACCAACAGCCGUUAAUACUACCGCUGUCAAGAACCAUGCCAGACCAUGGCCCGUCCACUCCUUUCAGGUGAAGAUGGUGCGCUAUGGCAGACAGACUGUUUCUGUAGACGUGGACACAGGGGUGCUGCUCUUUGACAGGAAGGCUGGCUCAUUUGGCGUGGAGACAGUGUCACAUGACCGAAUCCUGCAGCUAGUCAAGUUCCAGAGCAGUCCGGCCAAAGUACGCAUGGUGGUUGACAGUCACCAAAACACACCACGGGAGCUGAUGUUCGAGAGCACAAGAAAGCAAGAGGCCUUCUGCCAACUGCUGCAGCUGAUGAAGACCAGGCACUCUCAACUGAGUGACCCUGAAUUGAUCUCAGUAUUCGUAGGCACCUGGAAUAUGGGAGGUUCCCCUCCCCCCCGUAGCCUACAGUCUUGGGUGACGUGCUGUGGUUUGGGACACACCCCAGAUGAGUCCACCGCCUUGCUCCCUCAUGACAUCUAUGCUGUGGGAACUCAAGAAAACCCACAGGGCGAGAGAGAAUGGACAGAGCACAUCAAGGCAACUCUUCGCAGCUACACUCACAUUGACUACAAACAAGUGGCAGUGCAAUCCCUCUGGAAUAUGAGGCUGGCUGUGUUCGUGAAGCCUGAACACGAGAGACUGAUCAGUCAAGUGAACACAGCCAGUGUGAAGACUGGCCUGGGGAACACCCUAGGAAACAAGGGAGCUGUUGGGGUAUCCUUCCUCUUCAAUGAAACUUCUUUUGGGUUUGUUAACUGCCACCUGACCUCUGGCAGUGAGAAGGUCCUUAGGAGGAACCAAAACUUUGUGGACAUCCUCAGACUACUCUCACUGGGCCACAAGCAGCUAAGUGCUUUUGACCUCAGCCUGCGCUUUACGCAUCUCUUCUGGUGUGGAGAUCUCAACUACAGACUCGAUUUGGACGUACAGGAUAUUCUGAAACACGUAUCCAAGAGGGAGUUUGAGGAACUCAUGUGUGCAGACCAACUGACCCGAGAAAGACAUAAGAGGAAGGCCUUUCUCAAUUUCACGGAAGAGAAGAUAGCAUUUCCACCCACGUAUCGAUAUGAGCGGGGCUCAAGAGACUGCUAUCUCUGGCAGAAGUACAAGACAUCUGGGGUGCGAGUCAACGUCCCUUCAUGGUGUGACAGGAUUCUGUGGAAGUCCUACCCAGAGACACAUAUCAUCUGCACCUCGUACGGUUGUACAGAUGACAUCUUCACAAGUGACCACUCACCUGUUUUCGCCACAUUUCAAGUAGGAGUGACAUCACAGUUCAUCUUCAAAACAGACUCAAAUUCCAGCUUGGAGAGGGCCAGGAUAGAACUGGAAGGUAUCGAGGCUAUUGUGAAAACAGCAAGCAAAGCCAAAUUCUUCAUUGAGUUUCACUCAUCUUGCAUAGAAGAGACGCGCCGCUCAAGUGAGAAUGACUCCCAGAGCUGUGAUGUGCCCGGGUUUCUAAAACUAGGCUGGUCCUCUAAACAACUUCCAAAGCUUCUCCCAACUGUGUCUGGCAUGGCAUUUCUUCAGGAUCAACACCUGCUGUUGUCUGUCAAGUCAUGUGAUGGGUUCGAAUCAUACGGUGAAUGCUGUGUGGCUCUACGGUCACUUAUUGGUACAUUAGAGCAGUUUGAGACAUUUCUGACUCACCGGGGAGAGGAGAUGGGCUCCAUACGGGGACGGGUUAGGGUCCUUGUGCCCAUGGACAGGCGAGGAACACGGGAGAAGAUCUAUGAGUGGUUCUGCUUUGAAAAGGAUGACAGGGGUCUUGGAAGGGGACAAUCAUCUCCUCAGUCUGCAAGGGUCCCAGUCAACAGGUCUCUGGCAAUUCCUCCCAAAUUAACCCCAAGCAGUUACACCAAUCCUGCCUACUUCAUCUUUGAAGGCGUGUCAGUGCCACGCAGGGUUGAGCAGUCCCCACCACAACGAAGGGACCCUCAGGUGAUCUGGUCUGGAAACGAGGCCCUGCAGCUACCAAAACUUGCAGGAGGGCAGGGCUUUGAUCAAAAGGUCUCUCGCAGAUCAGACUUUGCAGAGAUUGAGAUACCAGCCGUCUUGCCACCAUACACUUCCACCAAAGACCUUCAUCCAUCCCAACCAAGUUCCUCCUAUCAACUUUUCCCUACCAAAAACCCUCCUGCCUCCCCUGCCCAAGUAACACCAAGUAAUAUCACCUCACAAUACCAGGAUCAGGCCUCAAAGCCCAAGGCAAAAUGCCCUGGCAAAAUGAUUGUUCAGGACUCCAUACUACCAGUAAAGAACCAAAGGAACAUGUAUAUGAACCACUCAGCCAUCAUUAGAGAGACAACCAGAGGGGACCAACCUUGGCCUGACCCAGAAAGGACCAGUCCUAUCAGGGGAAACAAGGCUCCACCUUUGUUCCCUUAUGCUUCUACCCGCUUACCGCAGUGUCAUGCCUCAGUUCCCUGGGUGGUGGAGCAACAACACCCUGGAUCUUCAGGGGACAACUCCCUUACUGCCUUGCAAAUUGCCAAGUCUCUCAGUGAGGUGGAUUUUUUUCCCACAGUCCACAGUGGUCCAUCCAUAAUUUACCAGAGGCCAGGUCAAACAAAUGGUCCAACCAUGCCUGCUGACAGGGGAAACAGCUGGGAGAAAGAGGUGUCUGUCCUUCAUGGAGCACCAGAGACAGUGAGGGAACUUCUCAGUACUCUGGGCCUUCAGAAAUACACCCUGGGACUCAGUCUCAAUGGCUGGGAUGAUCUGGACUACUUCAGUGGUAUCACAGAGGAAGAUCUCUGCGCUGCUGGGGUGUCUAACCCUUCACACCGACGCAGGAUAUUGGAGAACCUGCCCAGGAUCUGGAACUGAUAGUCAGUCAGACGGAUACAAAGUACAGAAAAUAUGAGGCCAUAAAGUAUUUCCCCAAUCCUCUCACUUUGUCACAGUCAGGAAGCAGAAUGGAGUCGAGAUUUAAUGGAUAUCAAUAACGGGCAGCAGCUGGACUCAGGCACAGCCCUGUCAUCAUUUCAUUUACUCUAUCAAUACUGUAAUAAUGCUGUGUCUCUUUAUUGGUACACAGCACAGAGGGCGCCGAGCCUAUGAAAUACUCAUCGUGUACCCUGCUCUAUUUACAAGUCAAUUUUUUUUGUCUGUGAGAUGUAAAUUGGAAUCAAAGUAUAAGACGUGUUAUCUCCCAUUACAUGCCCUUUUACAAAUAUUGAUUAUUGUCUCAAGAUCUCGUAAUUUUUGUAUUA